CCGCCGGGGCAGCCUUCGCCUUUAUGGCGGGUCUGACUCAUUUAGUGCUCCGGUUUUCGGGCUCCGCGGGUCGGUCCUACGGAGCGUUUUCCAAAGGCUUGACGAGGACUUUGUUGAUAUUUUUCGAUCUCGCAUGGCGACUGCGAAUCAGGUUCCCCUAUAUCUACCUCGUCGCCUCGAUGAUGUUUAAUGUCAGAUUACAGGUACACAUUGAAAUCCACUGAUCAAUUUUCAGUGCCGGCAUUUGGACUCAGAGCAAUACGUUGUGAGCCCUGCCAUGUUUCAGUCCUGUAAGAAGAAGAAGAAGAAGAAAAAAAACAAAAACUGGCUGGUGCUGCGCAGCGAAGUGUGGAGGGGGAAAUCUAAUUCUGCAAACUGGUGUGACAAUGCAAAAUGUGACUCAGCCGGUUGUUUCGGUCUGUCCUGGUCACACAAGCCCAGUGUCCUUUGCAGGGGAAGGACAGCAGUGACUUCUGCAAAAAUUAGCCGAGGUGAGCGCUGAAGAGAUGCUUCACAAUCACCUUUUCUGACUUGCCGCCUGAGAUUCGGGAGCCGCUUGCCCUGUCUGUGAGGACUGUGUCGGAUGAAGGGUGGAUUUUAACCCUGCCUUCUCUCUGGAUGUCGAGGAUUGAGGCAUGGAUUUGAACACGACAAGGGAUGAUUGUUGCCGUGGAACUUUGUAGCUUCUGAUAUGUAUGUUUAUUAGGCACUCAGUGUAAACAUCUCACAGAAAAAACUGGAACCAUUUCACUUUAAUUUAUAAAGUAAAUAUCUACACCGCAUGAUGCAAAAAAGCAUGUUUUUUGCCCUCUGUGGCUUGGACACUUUAUUGGGGUUGAGGUUGGGGUUGGGGUUGGGGUUAGCUGUAUAAACGGUACAUGGUCUUUCAGCAGAGGUUUGCUGUGGGAUAACACCACAGCUACCGCAACUGUUCUACUGGGAAUUCACAGUCUUACAGUAAGUGCAGUCUCAAAGGGAAUCACUGCAUGUCUUCUUUGUGUUCGUACACACAGGUUGUCAUAUUCAUUGUUGUGUUUCUGCCAGAGGCACUGGCAAGGUGACAGUUGUGAGGAAUGUUACCUUCAAAACUAUUUUUGUAGCUGCAUUUGUCCCGAGUGUUUAUCUCUGUGAUAAAUGUGUAUGUGGGGUUUUGAAGUCAAAGAAUUGAGGAUGAGGAUGAUUAAGUUUGAAAAGUAAUAAAUUAAUGAAAUCACUAUUCUCAGCCCUUUUUGUAAUUCUU